AUGGCUUCAAUUCAACCUUGCUCGAGUUCGGGAUAUAACAGAGAUUCGCAAAUGGAGGAGAAGAAAACAAAUAAAAUGUUGAAUUGUGAAUCAGCGAAGCGAACGCGAAUGAGGAAGCAGAAACAAUUAGAGAAUUUAAAUAUUGAAGUCAACAAAUUGCAAGGUGCGAACAAGAAGCUGGGUGAGUGCAUAAAGGCCAAGGAAGAAGCAUACAUUGAGAGCGAAGCUGCUAACAACAUCUUGAGGGCUCAAACGAAGGAAUUGGCUGAUCGACUCUGCUUUUUGAACUCAAUCACUCAAGUUGUUAAAGACAACAAUCAUUUUUCUAUUGAGAUUUCAAGGAUUAAGCCCUUGUAG